CACCAUGGUAAGAUUAAGAAAAACUACCAACUACAUUCCGUUACCUGUAUUCUUCAUCAUCGUUACAGUGGUAGCUUUAACAGUGAAUGCACAUUAUAUUAACAAUGUUGAACAUUUUGGUGCGAAAGCAGAUGGAAAGACUGAUUCAAGUUCAGCUUUUUUAAAAGCAUGGGCUGCAUCUUGUAGUUCAAUGGUACCAUCAACUGUAUAUGUACCUCGUAAGAAGUAUACUAUUGGUGAGACUGUUUUUAAAGGACCUUGUAACAACUCGGACAUCACAUUUCAAAUUGAUGGGGUUCUUAUUGCUCCUGAUUAUAAGCAGAUGAAUUUUUCGGCUCAGAAUUGGUUACUCUUUGAUCGAGUCGAUGGGUUGUCUGUAAUUGGUGGAUUCCUUGAUGGUCGCGGAACUAGUUUAUAUGCUUGUAAGGCUUCCAAUCAACAAGGAUGCCCUGACGGACCAACCACGCUUGCAUUCUAUACUUCCAAUAACAUCCUGGUGCAAAAUGUAAUCUCUGUGAACGCGAAGUUGUUCCACAUUGUUGUUCACUCGUGUUCAAAUGUGUUAUUACAAGGGAUCAAGAUUCAUGCACCAGACGAAAGCCUUAACACAGAUGGGAUACACAUUCAGAACUCGUUUAAUGUAAAAGUUUUGAAUGCCGGUAUAAAGACUGGAGACGAUUGCAUAUCUAUUGGCCCUGGCACUCAAAACUUAUGGAUCCAGCGUAUUGCAUGUGGUCCUGGACAUGGUAUAAGCAUUGGGAGUUUGGCUCAUGACCUUGAAGAAGAAGGCGUGCAAAACGUGACUGUAAAGACUGUGGUAUUCACUGAGACUCAAAACGGAUUGAGAAUCAAAUCUUGGGGAAGGCCUAGUAAAGGGUUCGUUAAAGGAGUAGUAUUUAAACACAUUACGAUGAAUAAUGUUUAUAAUCCGAUACUUAUCGAUCAAAAUUACUGUCCGCUUAAAGAAGGAUGCCCAGACCAGCAUUCCGGGAUACAAAUCAGUCAGGUAACAUUCGUUGACAUACAAGGGACAUCGGCAACACAAGUUGCAAUGAAAUUUGACUGCAGUGAAACUUCCCCAUGUAAAGACAUUAAGCUUCAGGAUAUUAAACUCACUUAUCAACAAGAAAAACAGCAACAGUUGCAGGAACCGGCAGAAUCCUUUUGUAAGAAUGUUUUUGGAGUUGCUCUUGGUCCAGUACUCCCUCCAAGUUGUUUAUAGAAAUUGCAAUAUUUAUAUCUUAGCUGCACAAAAGAUAACUUGAACAUUACUAGCCGGUUGGCAUGUGCAUCGCGUAUGCUUUCAAGUGCUUGCAAGUGGAACCAAAUUUGUACAUUACUCAACCGGAAAGAACAAAAAAAAAAAAGGUGCAAUUACAUUUCCUGGC